UUAGUUUGGUGUUACACUUCUGAUGGCGCUUGAAGUACAUGCUUGCGUUUAGUGCGGUGACUAAGUUAUCUACCGAGAGAAUAUCGUGUGGUAAUAAUCAAGCUAGAGCUGCUGGCAUACUUUUCAUUAUUCCAAUUGAUUUUAAUAUAACCUGCGACAUAAUCGCGUCGUUUCCUCUCUCCAAGUCUUCACCGUAUGUGUGAAACACGCCUGUCCAAUUCGCGUCACAUCGUCGGAGCUGAUCGCGCAUUUAAAGGAAGCUCUCGAUGUGAAUGGUGCUUAAAGUUUGUCGGAUGUUAAAAGGUUCCUCGCUCGUUGUGACGACUUGUUAACCGUGUCGGCGUAAUCAUGGCGGCGACCUCGUUACGGAUAGACGAACUCGUGCAAUCUGUCAGUCUACACAAUCCGAGGAAAUGGAUGUUCAACGGUUACAUCCUGCCUUUCGUGAUACUGCAGGUCCUUUGGAUUUAUUGUUGGAUCUUCGUUUAUGGCGUUGACGAGUACUAUGAGGCGGGCCUGAUAGGCAUUGCGGCAAUCGGCAUGCUGCAGAUUUUUCUGUGCCUGUGCUGUCAAUGGUCGGUGCACGUGCACACAUUUUUGAAUUGCAGCUCGGAGAAAAAUCCGUACAAAGCUAGGAUAGUUAAAGUAAUUCCCACUCCAAACAAUGGGAGCUCGGAGCUGAUUUCAUUACAUCAUACGAAGGAACAGGAGCCUUGGUUUAUUUUUCAAAAAACAAAAUAUAAUUGGGACCCAGAGGAACAAUCAUUCAGAGGUUUGCAGUUCCCGAUUAAUCAUUCCGUGAAACAUUAUUGUGAAUGGAAAGGGUAUCUUGAUCAAAAAGAAAUUGAGGCAGCGGAAGAAAAAUAUGGGAAAAACAAAUUGGACAUGGUUGUGCCCGAAUUUUGGGAACUCUUCAAGGAACGCGCUAUUGCUCCGUUCUUCGUUUUUCAAGUGUUCUGUGUGGCACUCUGGUGCUUAGAUAAAUAUUGGUACUAUAGUAUUUUCACACUGAUUAUGCUUAUUAUGUUUGAAUGUACGUUAGUUCAACAACAAUUGAAAAAUAUGGCCGAGAUUCGUAAAAUGGGAAAUAAACCGUACAUGAUAAUGGUAUAUAGAAACAGGCGAUGGCGUUUGUUAUUUACAGACCAACUAGUUCCUGGAGAUAUUGUGUCCAUUACAAGGUCUCAACAUGAUAAUUUAGUGCCAUGCGAUAUGUUGCUUUUGCGAGGUCCAUGCGUAGUUGACGAAAGCAUGUUAACAGGUGAAUCUGUUCCUCAAAUGAAAGAACCCAUAGAAGAUAUUGAUGGACAUAGAAUUAUAGAUAUUGAAAAUGAUAAGCUUCAUAUUCUUUUUGGUGGUACGAAAGUUGUACAGCAUACAUCCCCUACCAAAAAUACUCCCGGUCUUCGAGCGACCGAUAAUGGAUGCGUUGCCUACGUAUUACGUACCGGCUUUUCUACGUCACAAGGCAAACUUUUAAGAACAAUACUGUUCGGCGUUAAACGCGUUACAGCUAACAACUUAGAAACUUUCGGUUUCAUUCUAUUUUUGCUUAUUUUUGCGAUUGCUGCAGCCGUGUAUGUCUGGAUCAAAGGCAGCCAAGAUCCUACAAGAAACAAGUACAAACUAUUCUUGGAAUGCACGUUGAUUUUGACAUCAGUUAUACCACCAGAAUUACCUAUAGAAUUAUCACUGGCUGUAAAUACGUCUCUGGUAGCUCUAUCCAAAUUCGGUGUAUUCUGUACGGAACCAUUUAGAAUUCCGUUUGCCGGUAAAGUCGAUAUUUGUUGUUUUGACAAAACCGGUACGCUUACUAGCGAUAAUCUAGUAGUUGAAGGUAUCGCGGGCAUAAAUGGUAAGUCGAGCGUGAUACAAUUGUCCGAUGCACCUUUGGAGAGCAUUCAAGUGCUCGCGACGUGUCAUUCCCUCGUUCAAUUAGAUGAUGGUAUCGUCGGGGAUCCGUUAGAAAAAGCCACCCUCAAAGCCAUCAAUUGGAGUCUUACGAAAAGUGAUUCUGUAAUUCCUAAAAAGGGUAAAUCUCCAGCAUUGAAGAUUGUGCAGAGAUACCAUUUUUCAUCGGCUUUGAAAAGAAUGUGCGUUGUGGCUGGGUACAGUCUUUCUGGAGCUUCAGAAAUACAUUACAUGGCUAUGGUGAAAGGUGCGCCAGAAACUUUGAAGAAUAUGUUAUCUUCUGUACCGGAAAAUUAUGAUUCAACCUAUUUAUCUCUGUCACGACGGGGUGCAAGAGUGCUAGCUUUGGGAUAUCGAAAACUUACCGGUAGUUUAUCUUCUCAAGAUUUAAGAGAAUUAUCUCGUGAAAAGUUAGAAAGCAAUCUUAUUUUUGCGGGAUUUGUUAUCAUUAGCUGCCCACUCAAACCCGAUUCGAAAUCUGUUAUUAAAGAGAUCGUAAAUUCAUCGCAUUCGGUGGUAAUGAUAACCGGUGACAAUCCCUUAACGGCCUGCCACGUGAGUCGCGAGUUACAUUUUACGAAGAAACCUAAUACACUUAUAUUGACUAAAAAUAAUGAUGAAUGGUUGUGGGAAAACAUUGAUAAAACGAUACAGCUUCCUUUAGGCAUGGAAAAUGUCGAAUCACGUAAAGAGAUCUGGAAGAAUUACGCACUUUGCGUAACGGGUGAGGGUUUAUCGUACCUGAAAGAAGAACAACGAGAACUCCUACAAACUCUUUUGCCACAUGUAGUGAUCUUUGCGCGAUGCGCGCCGAAGCAGAAAGAAUUUAUUAUCGUAUCGUUACAAACUCUCGGAUAUACAACGUUGAUGUGCGGUGACGGAACAAACGAUGUCGGUGCUUUGAAACACGCUCAAGUGGGCGUCGCCAUUCUGUCCAGUCCGUCCGAAAGAGUGCAUUCUGACAAGCGAGAAGAUUCAAAGAACGAGAAUCCCGUACGAGAAUCCUAUCCUUUCGUAAACAACGGACCAAGGAACAAUCCAAGAAUCGCACCGGUUAACAAUCGCGCGAGAUUGCAGAAAAUCCUGAAGGAAAUUGAUAACGAGGCACAAGAGCAACCUGCGAUCGUGAAACUGGGCGACGCUUCUAUCGCGGCUCCUUUCACCAGCAAAAUGUCGUCCAUUCAAUGCAUAUGCCACGUGAUUAAGCAGGGACGUUGCACUCUGGUCACAACCCUGCAGAUGUUCAAAAUACUGGCGCUAAACGCACUGAUACUCGCCUACAGUCAAUCAGUGCUAUAUCUGGAUGGGGUUAAAUUCAGCGACGCACAAGCGACUUUGCAGGGUAUCCUUCUAGCGGCCUGUUUCCUCUUCAUCUCACGAUCAAAGCCGCUGAAAACUCUGUCGCAGCAGAGACCAUUACCAAAUAUCUUUAAUUUGUAUACUAUUGUGACAGUAUUACUGCAAUUUGCCGUACACUUUGUCUGCCUCGUCUAUUUGGUGAGAGAAGCUGGCAUCUUAUCUCCAAGGGACAAUAAGUUGGCAGCCAUCUUAACCAAUUCCAGUGAAGUAGAUUCAUUGGGAGAAGAUGACAGAGAGGAAGAACUUUUUGAGGCAAACUUAGUUAAUAGUACCGUGUAUAUAAUCGCAAUGUCUUUUCAGGUUUCUACUUUUGCUAUAAAUUAUCGAGGCCAACCAUUCAUGGAAAGUUUGAGACAAAAUAGAUCCCUUUUGGUCAGUCUUGUAACCAAUUCUGCCGUAAUAUUAUUGCUGGCUUGUGGAUUUUUACCAGAACUGGCAGCACAAUUUGAAAUUGUAGAUUUUCCAAGCCAAGUAAGUUUCCACAAAAAUGCAGAUAUAUAUAUAUAA